ACCUAUAUAAAGCUCCACCACGCCGCCACCCUCUCGAGUUCGCUCGCAGCCGCCGCCGCCGCCUCUCUCACUGCCGCCGCCGCCGCCUGCCUCGUACUCCAACUCUUCGGCGACUAGAUGACGAAGCGCACCAAGAAGGCAGGAAUCGUUGGCAAAUAUGGUACCAGGUAUGGUGCCAGUUUGCGUAAGCAGAUCAAGAAGAUGGAGGUUUCCCAGCACUCCAAGUACUUCUGCGAGUUCUGUGGCAAGUUUGCUGUGAAGAGGAAAGCAGUUGGAAUCUGGGGAUGCAAGGACUGUGGCAAGGUCAAGGCUGGUGGUGCCUACACCAUGAACACUGCCAGUGCGGUCACGGUCAGAAGCACAAUCCGUCGCCUGAGGGAGCAGACAGAAGCCUGAUCAGGAUCUGUUUGAGAAAGUGUUCUUGGAGUUCUAUCAAGACUGGUGAAGUUGCCAUUUUGCAUAUUUAGCUAAAAAGAGAAAUCUAGAAUGUUAUCUAUCUAUUUGUAGAUGGAAUAUCUGUCCGCAUUGUGUACUUGAUUUCCCAAGCUAAUUUUAUCAAAUGCGAGCACUUGAUUUGCGAUCCAGAUUCUUAAUUCUCUGAACAAAUGCGAGCAUUUCCAAGAUUUGCCA